UCAAUCCCCACCAUCGCGGUACCAAGUCGUGGCACCCGUGCGCGGCUUGGUCGUUACCUUCAAAAUCCCUGCCUUCGCGUAGUAUCCGCAUCAGUUGCAUUGUUUGCUGUCAAACAUUGGGCGCAAAAUGCGUAGUGGGGAUGUUGGAUGUAGCUUGUAUGGACCCGUCGAUUGGUCAGGUUACUCUGAAAGGUACGUCAGGCCGUUGCAAGUGGGCGGGUUCAAACGCACGCUAUAAGCGUAAACGUGGCGGGGAUAGCAUCAGACCGGCGGUAUAUUGCGCCACGGAAGAGCGUCAGUCUGCUUGUUACUGCGAAGUAAGCAUGGGGGAACAACUCCGCUGAGCGGAGCAAAUCCGAAACAGUUGGAAACAGUUGGAAUAGUGUUGUCGUGGUGAUUUCUUCGCUCGGAGCAUCGUUCGGAUGCAUUUGGGCUAUAAGCAUGGAUGAAGAUUUCUCAAAACACAUGUUUAUAUUUCGUCAAAGUACUCAGCAAAAUAUUAUAUACAUAUAUUGUGUAAUAAGUAAUAACAAAAAAAAAUUUAUAAUAAUCCGAGCCUGCGUAAAGUGUGAAAAAAAUUAGACUUGGGCAUUGACUCGGAUGAUCGACGAAGCUGGAAGAGGAAUUACAGUGCGACGAAGAGUCAUUAAAGCAUGGUGAAUAUGGAGAGUUCAAACGAACAACACACAGUAACAGGUUCGCCACCGCCGCGAGCUACUUUGAAGAGUAACUUUAGUAUCAGAAAUAUAGUACCCGAAGCCUGCGCGCCGCAGCCGUCGGCCAGCGACUCCGUUUCCCCUGAAGCCAGUCAGGCGGACGACAGAGUUGAUGACAGUGACGACUGUAGUGAUCUGGACGUGAUCGGCGGUGGCAUCGAGACCCCGCCGUUGGACUGUUCCAGAAACGCGACUUCGGUCAGUCCAACGAGUCAGAAGGACAAGGAGCAGAGCGAAGACAAAAAGAAAACGGAGAAGCCACCGUACAGUUAUAACGCGCUAAUCAUGAUGGCUAUUCGCCAGAGUCCCGAGAAAAGACUCACCUUGAAUGGUAUUUACGAAUACAUAAUGCGUAAUUUUCCUUAUUACGAGAAUAAUAAACAAGGCUGGCAGAACUCGAUACGACAUAAUCUCUCGCUAAAUAAAUGUUUUGUCAAAGUACCCCGUCACUACGACGACCCGGGCAAGGGCAACUACUGGAUGUUAGACCCCAGCUCGGAGGACGUGUUCAUUGGCGGUACAACCGGUAAGCUGCGUCGCAGGACGACGGCGGCCUCGAGAUCACGUCUGGCCGCUUACAAACGGUGCACCACAUUUACGGCUGGACUUUACCCGACGCCUUACGCGUCACCGGUGUGGCCGUCAACGAUUUACACUUUGCCAUAUCUUCAUCGCCCGACGUAUCCUUCGGCGACCGCUGCUUACACCACCCCUGCUGGAUACCCUGCUAGUUUAUUGCCCGGAGCAGUCACCACGUCAACCACUGGGCUGCCUUGCAAGCCGCAACCUCUCCCAGCGACGGCAGCACCGCCGGCGCAUGGGACCUUCUCUGUCGAGAGACUGCUGCAGGGUCCUCCAGGCUACACCGCCAGCUUCCCUCCCGGCAUACCGCCUCCGUACGACUUCUACAGUACCCUGAGGUCUAUCGCGGCGCAGCAGCAACAGCAAGCAGCAGCAGUGUUCAGCCAUCAGUCCAGGUAUCAUCUUAGCCAAGCGCCGGUGCUGACUCAGUCUGCUUCGAGCACUGCCUCGCCUGGAAGCAGUCCGGAGCCAAUGCCAACGCAUUCGCCGCCGGUCACAGUCUGCAAUUCCGUCCCGUCGACGAGACCGCUAGCCCAUAGCACGGCGCAGCUGUUAUUAAAGCCCAUCACUGUUCUCACAGGUCGGCCAGGUUGAAACAGCGGAGUUGCGACCUACAGCUGAACCCUGAACAUUCUACAGCUGGACUGUUGGACAUUGGGAAGUGUAACAGACUCUGAGAGUGUACAGUGACCGCGCGCAGGAAUACUUUCGGUAUCCCUUCCUAUAUGGCACAAAUCUCUCAGGGACAUCCCAAAGACGCCUAGAAGGCGUUCCUAUAUCUUAAGAAUGUUCAUAGAAUAUUCUUGGAAUAUCGUGUCAGGUUGGCCUUGGUGCAGUGAAGAAGCGUAGAUAGCAGCAAGAACACGUGCUCCUCUUAUUUUUACUUGCUCCGUCACACAUCCAAACCUUUUGCAACCGGUGAGAAACACUUCCGUAUGUUUCCUUGUGAAAGAAUAUUUCAUUAAUUUAUUAUUCUCCUUUGCUUCUCCUUUGUUUUAUUGUUCUAUCUUCUUCGAAUCUUUAUGGGUGAGUAAUAUUGGAUAUUCCCGAGUUUUUUGCUAUGUGUUUAAAGUAAUCCGAGUCGAAAUUUUGAUUCUGCUUUCAGCCUCACUAUUCCACUCGACACCUAUUUUGACGCUAAAGAAAAUGAAAAGGGAAAUUUCGGACAUUAUCAGAGUCAAAGCAUGAAAGAGGACUUUUCUGUACUAUGGAGUUGGUGUGUUACAAUUAUGAGACAUCCUGUAUAAAAUAAUUAUACAGGGUGUCCCGUAUCACUUUUACAAUCUCUUGUAAGGACGUAGAUGAACGUAGAAGGAUUGAGAUGAACACAAGAGUCGAAAUUUUGGCACUAGGUUGAACCAUGAAUUCUACAAUGUAGAAAGAACUAAGUUAGCAAAAUAAAUUUAAUUCUAAUGAUGCAAUUUAAUUUCUCGGUUAUUAUUGAAAAUAUCGCAAAACGGUAUGAAAGAAGAAGAGAUUGUGAAAGUGAUACGGGACACCCUAUAUAAUUCUU